AUGGCCGCGGUGGAGUGCGAAUCGAAAGACGACAGCUCGGCGGACUUGUCGAAAACACCGGUAUUUUCGAAUGAAACCGUUAAAACGAUCGAAGAACAUGAAUCUCAGGGAAUACCAUUGCAAACCCCGUGGACAUUCUGGCUGGACAAAGCUGUGUCUGGCACAACUGUUGAAGAAUAUAAAGAUAAUUUAACGAAGAUUUAUACUGUGAAUACAGUACAAAGUUUUUGGGCGGUCUUCAAUAAUAUACCAAAUGCAAGCGCUAUGCAGGUCAGGUAUAGUUAUCAUUUGAUGAGGGAUGAAAGAUAUCCAUUAUGGGAGGAACCUGUUAAUCAGAAGGGUGGAACCUGGAGAUUAAAGUGCCAUAAAUCUGAUACUGAAACAAUUUGGAAGGAAAUGGUACUGGCAGCUAUUGGAGAACAAUUUUCAGAAUGUAUGGCUGAGGAUGAUGAAGUCUGUGGGGUGACUGUGUCUAUUAGAGACAGGGAAGAUCUAGUUCAAAUAUGGAAUACAAAUGCGACUUUAGCAUCAAAGGCUACAGUGUUACAAAAAGUUCAUUCUCUACUGACUGAUGUUAACUUUUCAGAAUUUUAUAAACCUCAUCAGUCGCAUCACGCGUACGGUCGCCGUUAAAUAUUCGUCACUAUUACUGCAAUGUUAAUCGGUCAACGAACAUAACGUAAACGAAAAUACAACUGUCAGUCAUAUUAAUGGUUUCACAAGGAGUUUAAAUCGUACGACAAUGUCCUAUGAUGAACAGAAGGAUCUACAAGAGAUUUUAAUUUGUUGUUAAUGAAUUGUUUAUUAUAACGGCUUAAAAAUCGUUGAUAUUGUACUAAUUUUUAACUGUCAAAUAUAUUUUUAUAUUUACCA